AUAAGAUAAUAUGUGAACAUUUGAUCUCUAUCUGGCCUGAAACAGUGAAACACAAGAAGCUGGCAGAGACUUUGCUUCCUUGUAGCUGUACCUUCGUCACAGUCUUUCCCUGUCUCCUGACCGCAUGUAUCGGAUCCUCUGCACACCUGCAGACCUACUUCAUUUAGGAGAAAAUUGGAUCAAACUGAACAAACUCACAGGUCAGUGUCUCCGAGAGUGACAAUGGCUACCAGUGACAGCACUGCUCCUCGGGUCACCUUCUUAAAUGUAGAAAAACAAGACGAUGAAGACAAGACAUCCAAGAACCUGGGAAAACUCACAGUGAAAUAUAACCGCAAGGAACUGCAGCGCAGGAUUAAACUAGAAGAGUGGAUUGACACUCAAAUACAAGAACUUUACCAGACCAAGGAGGGGCUGCGAGAUGAAGCUGCAGAGCCAGAAAUUGAUAUUGAUGAUCUUUUGGAUCUUUCAAUAGAGGAGCAAAAAUGUAACCUACAGGAUAUCCUUCAAGAAUGUAUCAGACCUACACAAGAAUUCACAACGGAACUAUUAGAGCGGUUAAAAGGAUUGCGAAAAAUUUCAGCCUUGCAACGCAAAUGAUGAUCCCGAGAAACAUUCCUAAGACUUCAUUCUUCAGAAACCCAUUGUGAUGCUGCCAAGACAAAGCAGUGACAGUGAAUUCUUGGACAUAACUUUCAUAUUAGAGUUUUAAUAUGGCAAUUCCAACUUGGUAUAUGAAAAAAGAAAUGAGAAGAUACUGAGUUUUUUAUGUCGAUUACCCUUUUCGUACUUCACUGAGCCUGAUGGCAGCACGGCAAAUCCAUAUGAUAGUGAAGGUGACUGCAGUAAAAACUGUAAAAGAAGCUGACCUCCAACAUAUCCACCAUAAUGCUUCUAAUGACCACUGCUUAUUGAAAACAGCCUGUUUAAUAUGACAUCAUGGAGCACUUUACAUCAGUUCUGAACACAUGCUUAUCUUUAAGUGAUGGAAAAUACAGCGGUGUAUUCAUUUUCAAUUUAGACAAUAGUAAUUGAAUGUUAUAAACACAAUUUCCAGCUAUGACUAGUAAUGCCUU